CUUUAUUGAUACUAAUGAUUGGCUCGCUUCAGAAACGAGGGCGGAGGCACAAAGAGGUAACCCUUGGCGUUCAACUCGUGAUUGACGUCUCACUCAACCAAUAGGCGAGCUGCUUUGGUAUUCUUUGCGUUUGUUAGUCCGAGAGCUCUAGAGAGGGGCGGAGCCUGGUAUGGAGCGGCAGUUGGGUUGACCAAUGAGCGAUCAGAGCGAAGUAGGGCGCAGUGUUAGGAGGUGCGCGGGAUGUCGGCCACUCGGAGCCUCGGGUAGAACAGGAGGAUUUGUGAGAGACCGGGGAUAGACUGAGCUAGGCCUGGGAGCUCGGGGAGUUCUCCGGGACCGAUAGGACUGCGAGUGCGCUGUUCAGGUCGGCAUAUUUGGAAACCCUUCCCAGUGGCUUCAUGUUGGCGAUUCUGGAUUUUCUUCACCCUGUGGUGGUUCUUUCAUGUCCUUUCGCUUAGCCCUUUUUCCGUUCAUUGGGUCUGGUUUUAAUACCUUAAAGAAUCCUCUUGGCCUGACAUGAGCUCCCAGACUCAUCCAGAUGGAAUAUCUGGUCGGGACCAACCUGUGGAGCUUCUAACGCAGACUCGUGCCAAACACAUGCCAAGCACUGUUGAUGUAAGUGCUGCACUGCCACUCCAAGUGGCUUCCGGCACGCUACCUAUGGACCUACGACUGGAUCCCCAGUAUGCCAUCUCGGGGUCAGAGAACUCUGGGAGGGAACAGCAGCUGCAGCAAGAGCUACUGGCACUGAAGCAGAAGCAGCAAAUCCAGCGGCAGAUUCUCAUAGCAGAGUUUCAAAGGCAGCAUGAACAGUUGUCCAGACAACACGAAGCCCAAUUACAUGAGCAUGUAAAGCAGCAACAAGAGCUUCUGGCUAUGAAACAUCAGCAAGAGCUUUUAGAACACCAGAGGAAACUGGAGCAACAUCGGCAGGAACAGGAGAUAGAAAAACAGCAACGGGAACAGAAACUAAUUCAGCUGAAGAAUAAAGAAAAGGGAAAAGAAAGUGCAGUUGCAAGCACUGAAGUCAAAAUGAAGUUGCAAGAAUUUGUCCUGAAUAAGAAGAAAGCCCUGGCCCACCGAAACCUGAAUCACUGUAUGUCUAGUGAUCCCCGAUUUUGGAAGACUCAACAUAGCUCUCUGGACCAGAGUCCUCCACCUCAAGGUGGAGUGUCUGGCUCAUACCACCAUCCUGUUCUUGGAAUGUAUGACUCAAAGGAUGACUUUCCUUUAAGAAAGACAGCAUCUGAACCCAAUCUGAAAUUGCGCUCCAGACUGAAACAAAAGGUGGCAGAACGCAGGAGCAGCCCACUGUUAAGACGGAAAGAUGGUCCUGGUGUCACUACCCUAAAAAAGCGCCCGCUGGAUGUAUCAGAUUCUGCCUGUAAUAGUGCCCCUGGUUCUGGUCCCAGCUCUCCCAACAACAGCUCAAGCAACAUCACUACUGAGAAUGGCAUUGCUGGAUCUUUAGGCAUGCAGUCAGAGGCUUCGUUGGCUCACAGGCUGGUAAACAGAGACGGGUCUGUAACCCAGCUGCCACUCUAUACCUCACCAUCUUUACCCAACAUUACCCUUGGGCUGCCUGCUAGCGGAUCUGCCAAUGGUGGAUCUGGACAGGAUUCUGAACGCCUUUCUCUAUCUACUAUCCAACAACGACUCUCCUUAUUUCCUGCUGGUCACCUUUCUCCAUACCUUGGUACAGAUGCAGCAAGCUCCCAUAACUCCCUUCUUCAGCAUAUGGUUCUUCUGGAGCAGCCCAAUGCACAGAGCCCACUAGUAACAGGGUUGGGUGCACUUCCUCUUCACUCCCAGUCCUUAGUGUCCACUGACCGCGUCUCCCCCACAAUCCACAAGUUACGUCAGCACCGCCCAUUGGGCCGUACACAGUCUGCGCCGCUGCCUCAAAACUCUCACGCCCUGCAACACUUGGUCAUCCAACAGCAGCACCAGCAGUUCCUUGAGAAGCACAAACAGCAGUUCCAACAACAGCAGCAACUACACCUCAACAAGAUGAUUCCUAAAGUCAAUGAGGUUUCACGACAGCAUGAAAGCCACCCUGAGGAAACUGAAGAGGAGUUGCGAGAGCAUCAAGCUAUACAUGAAGAUUCUUAUGUAGAGCAUGGAUCUGAUCAUAAAGAGCAGAGCCUUGGAAGUGUUGUGCGUGUGAAGCAGGAAAGAGAGGAAAGCGAAGAUGAAGCCAGCCUGCAGGAGCUAGAGCAGAAUAAACUUCAGGCUGAGCAAGACCUUCUCUUCAGACAGCAAACACUUUUAUUGGAGCAGCAGCGCAUACAUCAGCUUAGGAACUACCAAGCCUCCAUGGAAGCUGCUGGUAUUGUCGUCCAUUUUAGUGGACACAGACCACUAUCGAGGGCUCAGUCGUCUCCAGCUUCUGCCUCAUUUCCUAUGUCUGUUCAAGAAACACCCUCCAAACCACGAUUCACCACUGGCCUUGUCUAUGACACAUUGAUGCUGAAACAUCAGUGCAUCUGUGGCAACACAAACAGCCACCCUGAGCAUGCUGGCCGUAUACAAAGCAUCUGGUCAAGGCUACAAGAGACUGGUCUUAGGAGCAUGUGUGAGUGUAUACGGGGCAGGAAAGCAACUUUGGAAGAGCUGCAGACUGUACACUCUGAGGCACACUCUCUGCUCUAUGGCACCAACCCUUUAAAUCGGCAGAAGCUGGAGGGAUCGUUGACCACCAUGUUCGUCCGUCUACCAUGUGGAGGGGUUGGGGUUGACAGCGAUACAAUUUGGAAUGAGGUCCACUCCUCUGGGGCUGCUCGACUUGCAGUGGGAUGUGUAGUGGAACUUGCUUCCAAGGUGGUGGCUGGAGAGUUGAAGAAUGGCUUUGCUGUAGUAAGGCCUCCUGGUCACCAUGCAGAGGAGAGCACACCAAUGGGAUUCUGUUACUUCAAUUCUGUAGCAAUAACAGCGAAGCUUCUCCAGCAAAGAUUCAAUGUUGGAAAAACAUUGAUAGUGGAUUGGGAUGUGCAUCAUGGUAAUGGUACCCAGCAGGCUUUCUACACUGACCCUAGUGUCCUUUACAUAUCACUCCAUCGCUAUGAUGACGGAAACUUCUUCCCAGGCAGUGGCGCACCUGAUGAGGUUGGUGCUGGAGCUGGUUUGGGCUUCAAUGUGAACAUGGCUUUUACUGGAGGCUUAAAUCCACCCAUGGGUGAUGCUGACUACUUGGCUGCUUUCAGAACUGUGGUGCUGCCAAUAGCCAAGGAGUUUGCACCAGAGGUUGUUUUGGUGUCAGCAGGGUUCGAUGCUGUAGAAGGGCAUCCAGCUCCUCUGGGCGGGUACAGAGUUUCAGCCAAAUGUUUUGGCUAUCUGACAAAGCAGCUUAUGGAGUUGGCUGGAGGUCGUGUCAUCCUUGCAUUGGAGGGAGGCCAUGAUCUGACGGCGAUCUGUGAUGCCUCUGAAGCUUGCUUGUCUGCUUUGCUUGGUAAUGAGUUAGAGCCACUUCAAGAGUCUGUGUUACAGCAAAGACCAAACAACAACGCAGUGAGCUCCAUGGAAAAAGUCAUUCAAAUCCAGGGUGAAUACUGGCCUUGUUUGCAUCAACUUUCUUCAACCAUCUCAUAUUCACUUGUUGAAGCUCAGAAAUGUGAGAGUGAAGAAGCAGAGACUGUGACGGCAAUGGCGUCCCUAUCUGUGGACGUCCGUCCAGAGCGAAGGACUGAGGAUGAACCGAUGGAUGAAGAACCCCCGCUGUAGCAAAGUGACCGGUGAUUGUCCGUUGUGUAAUUCCGUACAUUUGUUGGGGGCUGCCCCCUCCAAUUUCUCCGCCUGUGCUCUGUCUGCAGGAAGACGAGCAGCGACAUGGAUGUAAAGAACUCUGUGUACAUCACAUCCACAGAACCACAAACGGCAGCGCACUGUACAAUGCACAGCCGCACUGUGUGCCGUUCCUGGAUACAGGAGGCACUGCUCCUUCAGGAGCCACUGGCAGCUCUUGCCAAAAAUAUUUUAUUUUCUUCAUGAUUUUUUUUUAACAAAUACUAAUUCAACGAAAAACAAGGAUAAAAGUGACCUCUUCAGAGGUCCACGCAAACAGUUUUGGUGCUUUAACAUUCUGCAGCAGAUUUACAAGGGUCCUGUGUGCUCUGAAGGGAGGGUGACCAUGUUGUGCGGACACUUGUAUACACCACUUGGUUUAGCCUGUUUUUCAGACUUUGUUUCUUCAUAAUGGGGUAUAUGCAGUGGACUAAAGAGAUCCUCUGGAGCCUGUUAUCACAAUGAGGGACUUUUGACUCUGGAACAGAAGCGGGAGGAAGGAUUGUGCCUUGUCCAUGGAUGGAACACACUUUUUUCCAUUUGAAUGGUUUUGUUCCUUUAUUGUUUCUAAGGAGUUGAAGGACUUGCCUUAAAAUAUAAACAUCGGUAACCAACAGAAGAUGUGACGUCACAUUACACAAGCCCUUGUGUCCUAUGGUUGAUCCGAAGUGACGGGGCAUUGAUGGCUCACAGCAGUCGUCUUUGUUUUCUUUUUGAUUUCUCAAGUUGCAUGUCGUAUAUACAUGCAAUGACCGGACUGCGUCCUCCACCUGUGAACUGGUCUCUGCAAACAUAAACUUCAAGUGCAACUGAUGAUUUUUUAGGUGCAUUUUACCAUGUGGAGAUGGAGGAUAUGGCCUCUUACUGCGCAGGUAGCAUGCACGGCCUGCGCCAAUUCCUUUUUAAAUGGUUUUUUUUUUUUUUACUUUGUUUUUACUUUAAGCAAACCCGUUGCAGCUGCCAGGCAGUACAUUACCAGUUCCCAUUUCAUUUUUGUAGUAUUUCAAAGCUUUAUUCACGUUACAUUUUUUUUUUUUUAAGUAAGGAAUGUUUCUCGUGGUAAUUUUUUUCUUUUUCUUUUAAAGUUUGGUUUCUUUAGGGGAUAUUUUAGAUUGCAAAUGACUCCCUCUGAUCUUCCCACCGAGACUUCCUGUAUGUAUCUGAAAUGUGGGGACGGUGUCAGCGGUGAGAUUUAUUCUGUAACUGAACCAUAGAAAGGACGACCAUAAAGACUGAUGGGAGUGCUCUUCUGGUUGUGUGUAUGUAACAGGGGAACACCUUACCUCACUUGUUACCAGAUCAGAGAGCAAUUACGAAGACUUUAAUUUUCUUAGGAGACCAACAAUGUACUGUAUGUGAGCCUUGCUCCUGGCAUUGCAUGGAGGGAGCAGGGUGCUCUCAGUUUUGGAUAUAACCUCAAUAUAGCACUUAUUAUCCAUGCUGAGAGCUAUGGCUGAAUUUACAGCAGCAUGUGACUCACACCCAUUGCCUAACAGAUUCCUGAGAUGAACCUCCUCUCUGUUAGGGGAACAGCAUUUUGCUGCCUAGCAGCAGUUUUCCAUGUUCCUCGGCAGCUGCUUUUGGGGUUUGGCUGUGUUUUGAAAGGUUCUCCAGGGACUGUGCUGCAGGCCGCACCUUGACAUAUGUUGUUUCCUGUCCUGCCAGCACAUGAUAUGUUUUGGAGUGAUAGUCAGGGGGCUUCCGUGUGACCCCCCCCCCCCCCCCCCUCCAUGUGUCGGGACCCUCACAUUGUGCCCUUACUGUGUGUAUUUAUUAUUCAUUUCAUGGCCGUUCUGUAACUACACUACAGCCUGUGACUGCACAAAAGAGCACCGCACUGCACCAGUCUUUUUAUUUCCUGGUCACACUGUGUGUGGUACUUGCAGUCCCCUCCUCCGCUUCCCAUGUGCCCACUUUUCCAGCCGCCUGAUCCCAAAACUACAUGCAAAGCUAUGUUACUGGUGUCACCUGUGCUGUUGAUGCUUUGACUGCUCUGUACUGAUCUUUUGGUUUAGCUCCUUACAUAAUCUGCAUGCUUCAAGCCGUCUGAUGGCAUGUACACCUAGACUAUACACUGGAUACGCUCUGAAAGAUGUAUACAGGGGCUUGAUUUGUAAUACAUCCUAUUUGCAUAUCAUUUGUAUUACUUACCAUAUCUGAUUUUACUCAAAUAGCCAAAUUUCAUCUGGUAAAUGUAUUCAUAUCCACUGCCAUAAGCAGCAUUAUACCAGGUUUCGUGCUACGGAUAUUUUCAGGAUUUUUUCUAGUAUAAAAAUUCUUUCCAUAUACUGAAUGCACCUUUCAGAGCAUGGACAGUUGUCAAAUUUACAGAGUAUCCUUCAGCAUACGUAGUUGGUAUCGUCCAGUCGGCAUGUGAAAAGUGGCCGUUUCUCUGGUGUUGUCGGAGGUGCAGUAGGGGGCUAUUUUCUUAGACAUUACCCUUUUUUUUUUUUUUUUUUACUUUAAAUUUCAUUCCUUGUUUUUAUUUCUUUUUGUUAUACUUUUAUACCCUGCACACGCUGCAUUUCCACUCAUUCCAUGUUUUACACAUGUAUCCAUUUUGUGUGUGCAAGGGAGGGGCCACACUCCUAUUUCUGGGCAUUGACCUCCCUAUAGAUGAAAAAAAAAUAUAUAUAAAGAUAAUUAUAUAUAGAAAUAUAUAUAUAUGAAUCUAUUUUUCUAGAUUUUACGAUAUACUUUGAGGUUGCAUGAAUUAAGCACAGCUCAGUCCUAUGUUGUGUAGUUGGUCAGGAAGGAGAGGGCAAAGAAUAUGGGGGUCAUUGGUUGAACCUCAUAUUGAGAAGGGCACUUUUUAUUAUUUUACCUGGAUUAAUCUCAAAGUAUUGUUAGGCUGAGAGUGUUUUUUUUUUUCUGUUCUUUUUUUUAAAUAUAUAUUUAAUGCAAAAAUGGGUCUGUCCAGGAAUAGGAAUAAAGGGGCUCUGCUUGUUUAUCUUUUCAGAAACAGUGCCACUCUUGUCUACGGGUUGUCUCUGGUAUUACAGCUCAGCUGCAUUCCUGUGAACAAGUGCAAUUACAGUGAAACGUCUUUGAGAAGAGACCUUCAAUGGGGGUCAUUGAAAAUAACCUAUAUAACAGUGGUCUUCAACCUGCGGGACCUCCAGAUGUUGCAAAACUACGACUCCCAGCAUGCCCGGACAGCCAACGGCUGUCCGGGCAUGCUGGGAAUCGUAGUUUUGCAACAUCUGGACGUCCGCAGGUUGAAGACCACUGCUCUAUAGGUUAUUUAUAAUGGGCUGAAAAUCAGUCACAUGAAAGCUGGUCUGGGUAGGGGAGUUGUCUUCUCAAAGUGGUGGUCUUUUGGGGAGAUUUCACUGAGGCUACAACCCAUGAACAGGAGUUGUGCAGUUUCUGCAAAAAGCAGACCCUCGUUCUCAUCAUGGACAACCCUUUUGAGUAAACAUUAACUGUCUGCAAAUAUAUUUGAACAUGGCAUUGAAUUUCAAGAGAGAACAUUAUCCUGCUCCAUGUAAGUGAAUAUAUAUAUAUAUAUAUAUAUAUAU